GAGGGGGACGUUAAAAAACUCCUUUCAGACGCUGGAAGACAUCUCAUUCAAAUGACGAGCAAUAAAGUCUGCAAUGGCAACAGCUAUCUUCGAUGUUGCCUCAGCUCCCCUUCCGACAGCGACUCCAGCAACUCACCCACCGUCCGUUUAACCCCGUAGCUUUCGAAUAUGAAAGCAAAAACCCAAUAAACAAAUGCAGACUUCACGGAAGAGAAAGAGAGAGAGAUCGCUUUAUGUAUGAGCAAACGACAAGUGGCAAUCACAGGCUUGGAUCGCCUCUUCAGCUCUAGCUUUUACCUGCUUCACAUGGAUCACCACCCCCGCCACCCUCCUCCUCUGAUCCGGCUCUAAAUGAUUUCAGUCCAUCGUCGUCUCAGCAUCACGGACAUCCUCGGAUCGACCAUAGGCCAAGAACCCUCCAUUCCACCACUCUCAUGAAGUCUUCCCCACCAUGGAAGAUGAAGCAAGAGCGUUCGUGCUGCGGAGGAAGCCCAUCUCCAGCUACCUGUCGUCGCCGGUGCUGCCGUCCGAGCCCGUCGAGCUGAACAGCUUCACGUCCUGCUUCAAGUGGGUGUGCGUCGACCAGUCCAGCCUGUGGCUGACCGGGCUGUCCUGGUCCGUCUUCUUCCUCUUCGCCGUCGCCGUCCCGUUGGCCUCGCAUUUCUUGCUCCAGUGCUCGAGCUGCGACGCCAACCUCCAGCGGCCUUACCACAUACCGGUGCAGAUAUCGCUCUCCGUGUUCGCCGCGAUAUCUUUCGUCUGCCUGUCGCGGUGGUCCCGUAAGUACGGGAUCAGGAAGUUCUUGUUUCUAGAUAAGUUGUGCGACUCGAGCGAUAAUGUUCGUCGCGGAUACUCGCAGCAGCUUCAGAGAUCAGUCAAGCUGUGGACUUGGUUCGUUCUCCCGUGUUUUGCUGUCGAGACGGCAUACAAGCUCUGGUGGUUCAUCGACGGAUCCACCAACAUUCCUUACUAUGGGAAUCUCUACGUGAGCGACACGAUCCUCUGUGCGUUGGAGCUGCUUUCGUGGCUCUACCGGACCUCGAUGUUCAUCCUCGUGUGCGUCCUCUACCGGCCUAUUUGCUACCUGCACAUCCUCAGACUGGAGGACUUUGCGCAUGUCUUCGAGAAGGAAACUGAGGUGGUGUCGAUCUUGAAGGAGCAUCUCCGGUUCAGGAGGACUCUCAGGAUCAUAAGCCACCGCUUCCGAUCAUUCCUUCUCUUGUGUCUCAUAUUGGUCACGGCGAGCCAGUUCACUUUCGUGCUCUUGCUCACCCGUUCCGGCGCUAAUGCCAAUAUCUUCAAAGCCGGGGAGCUUUCACUAUGUUCCGUCAGCCUGCUCACGGGCCUCUUCAUAUGCCUGCGAAGCGCGACGAAGGUCUCGCACAAAGCCCAGUCCAUCACCGGACUUGCAGCGAAGUGGCACAUCUGUGCUACGAUUAACUCAUUUGACGAUAACGAUGGUGAGACGCCCAGAAUUGAGGUCGCUUCCACCCAUGUUUUCCCCGCAGAUGCAGAGUGGGAGUCCGAAGAAGAAGAAGAAGGAGACGGUGACGAUGAUCUCAACAAUGCCAAAAUAAUGCCAAUUUACGCACACACCAUCUCGUUCCACAAGAGGCAAGCUUUAGUGACAUACCUAGAGCACAACAAAGCAGGAAUUACAGUUUAUGGCUUUAUGCUGGACAGGACUUAUCUUCACACCAUAUUCGGGAUUGAAUUCGCUCUUUUCCUAUGGCUGCUGAACAAGACGAUCGGAAUUUCGUAAUCUCGCCGGAAAACAAAGGAGUCGGAGAAUGUUACAGUCGCACUCAAUCCACGUUCUGUAUUUCGGUCAGGUCUGGGAUGUGUAGUGUACACUGUACAGGGUCAUGAGAGUUCUUAUGAAUGCACUGUUUCUGUAGAAGGUAAAGUCAAUUCUCUUUCGCACCACAACACUCGUUGGGUAAUGCAAUUUGAAGAAAAAGGCAUAAUGCCAUUCUGCGUAAAGUUACUUCUCUUUCCAUAUAUAACUUAUUUU